AUGGAGAAUCCAGUGACCUACAAUGCCCUCCCCGCCGAGCUGAAGCUCAAUAUCUGGGAGCACGUGCUCUCGCAGAAGGGAGUUCACCACUUCAAGCUCAAGUCCCAGGACCCGGCAGCUAUGUACCAGGUCUUGCAAGUUGAGCAGAAGAAUAGGCUUGGAAAAGACCCUUCUAUGUGGGCCCAUCGCUGGAGUAUCUACCAGACCGAUCGGGUUGCCCGCGCAAUGUAUUUUCUCUGGGAAGAGGGAGCAAAGGAUAAGGACUCGCUGUGGACCGUCCCGUUCCGCAAGACGAGGAAUGACACUGACACGACGGAAAGCAGAGGAAAGGUCCACAAGAAGGAGGAUCUCGUCAUAUUCACCCUUACAGGUGGCACCUUCAACCCUGUCUUGCUCGACAUGGGGGAAAAUCAAGAGAUGUUCCGAGGGCUGCAGAAUAUCGCAUUAAACUACAAGAAAACUCAGACCGGCAAAUGGGACUUUGGCAAGGCCUUCAAAUGUCGCUGUCGCUACUCUCGGAAGAAGCACGAAAAGCUUGAGCACUGCCCCGUAUCUUUGGUCCGGUUCCUCCGCAUGUUCCCAAACAUCCGAACCUUCAGUUUCAUUUUCCGGCUAUGUGGCAAAGAUAUCGACGAGAAGAAGAUCGCCUACAAGGGAAAGUCACCCAGCGGUAGGGGUACCAAGCGAAAAGCUGACGAGGAAGCUGGUGAGGAAGCUGGCACAGGCAAAGUACCUGGUGCAGAGGUUGCUAAGAAGAAGCCUGCUACACAGACCAUCGAGGAGGCUCUUGCUGAGUUUCGAGGUACGUUUCAAGCAUGGACUCUUCCCACGCAACCGCUUCUGAUGCAGUCAUUAGCCAAGGCCGAGAAACGCAAGCGAGUCAUCUGGAGAGACUCGGAGCGAAUGUACUACGAGGUUGACGAGCAGAUCACUGGUAAAUUGAACGUCCACCACAAGUUGUGGGUCGAGAUGAAAGAGCUUCAAACACAUUGGAGGGCCGAGGGCAACCCCAACAUAACUGAGCAUGAGCGCAAAUGCUAUGCGAAGACCAAGUUCAAGGUCCUCAUUUGCCGCGACCUCAUGGACAGAAAGAAAAAGGCCGAGUGA